GAUGACGCAGAAAGCAGGUUAUGAAUAUCCCUGACAAACCUGACUAUGCUAAAGCUAGGAUGCCAUUAAAGGGUGUGAUUCCUGUAACUAAACAACACUUUCUUGGAGGAAUGUAUGAGGCAAGCUGAAGGGAAAAUAUAUUUGGUGAGUCUUUCAUUUAAGAACAAUUUGAAAACAAAUGGCUGAGAGAGCUAUUCUACAAAACUUUGUGAGCUGCCACGUCUGCUCAGAGACUUUCAGAGAUCCUGUGUCUCUGAGCUGCAACCACAGCUUCUGUUCAAGCUGUCUGAAAACAUUCUGGGAACAAUCUAAAAACAAAAACUGUCCAAUCUGUAAAAGAAAAUCCUCAAAAACAGAUCUGGCUGUGAACUUUGCACUGAAGGAACUGGCUGACUCCUUUGCUGGGAGACAGAAAGCCGGAUCAUCUGAGAUUAAAGUGGAGGUGGUGUGUAGCAAACACCAGGAAGAGACUAAAUUGUUCUGUGAGGACGAGCAGAGACUUGUGUGUCCUGUCUGUGAGUUUUCUCUCCACCAGAGUCACAAAGUGGUUCCUAUAGAAGAGGCAGUCAGUCACCUGAAGGACCAGCUGAAAUCUGACCUAAAGUCUCUGCAGGACAAGAGGGACAAAUGCAAACAAGUGGAGGAAACAUACAACAAAGUGAUUCAACACUCCAAGAAGCAGCUGUUGUCCACAGAGAGGCAGAUCAGAGCGGAGUUGAACAAGCUUUACCAGUUCCUGAAAGAGGAAGAGGAGUCCAGACUGGCAGCUCUGAGGGAGGAAGAGGAGCAGAAGGGGAAGACUAUCGACAGAGAGGUGAAGAGGAUUCAGGAGCAGAUCUCCUCUCUGUCAGACAGCAUCUCUGCUGUUGAAGAAGAGCUGCAGAAACACAAGGUGCCGUCCCUCAUUGGUUAUAAAGACACUCAGACCAGAGCCAGAGCCCAGAGCUCACUGUCAGAUCCACAGCUGCUCUCAGGAACACUGAUAGAUGUGGCCAAACAUCUGGGCAACCUGUCCUUCAGAGUCUGGGAGAAGAUGAAGGAGAAGGUCCACUUCAGUCCUGUCAUUCUGGAUCCAAACACCGCACACCCCCGACUUUGUCUGUCUGAUGAUCUGACCAGUGUGAGAGGCAGAGACACAAAGCAAGAGCUUCCUGACAAUCCAGAGAGAUUCAUUAAAUAUAACAUUGUUCUAGGCUCUGAGGGCUUCAGCUCAGGGAAACACAGCUGGGACGUGGAGGUGGGAGAUCAUUCUGGCUGGCUUCUGGGUGUAACUAAGGAAUCAGUUGAAAGGAAAGGAGAUUGUCCUGCUUUACCAAAAAAUGGAAUCCUGCGCUUAGGUUAUUUUGAGGGAGAAUACACUGAUUGCCUUCGUCAGACUGUUGCAGUGAAGAAGCGUUUUCAGCGGAUCAGAGUCCAGCUGGACUAUAACAGAGGAGAGGUUUCCUUCUACGACCCUGAAGACAUGACUCACAUCUACACUCACAGAGAAACUUUCACUGAGAAACUCUUCCCAUACUUUGAAGUCACAGACUUUAGUGAUGCCAAACCUAUUGACAUCAAAGUCUGUCAAACCGAGAUUUCAUUGUGAUGUUCAGGAAGUUAAUUCAAUGUCCCAACUCUCACCUUCAAAAUAAAGAUCUGUACAAAUUUAAAACUAUCAUCACACUUUAACAGUGGAACGUGUUCUUGAUAGCCACAUUUUAAAUUAUCUUUAAAUCAGAUUUAAUGCCAGUUAAUUAAUUUUCAUCUCUGUGUCUGUGUUCUGAAGUACGUUUUCAGUUUCAUUAAAGUUCAUAUAUAAUGUUUGACAAGGAUAAAAUCUACAUUCUGUAUACAUUUUAGUCAAUGUCUGUUCAGAUUAGAUUAGAAAAGGCAAAAACAGAUAAUCAGAACAGAAAUAAAAUGUCUAUUAAAACUGGUUUAACUGUGAUAAACCUUUAGACAGGUACAAAUUGAGGCUGAUUAUUUAUAUUGUGGAUUAUUAUGGUCCUGAUUAGCAGCAUCUUUAUUCAUCCGCUGUACCAAAUACUUUGUUUCUGGUUGUGUGAAAUACUUUCAGUUUGUAAGAUUGUUUUAACCUACUGGUAUGUUAUUUUAGUCUUUAGGAUUUUUUAUUUACAUUGUAUACUUCAUUUUCAGCAUUUUAGAGGUACAGUGAAUCAAACACUCUUAUAUCUAAUUAUUAUUAAUUGUUGUUAUUUUGUUCCAGUACCGAAUUAAUUGAUUUGUUGUUGAGGGUCACAGAAACUGUUAUAACUGUUUCUAAUUCUGUCUGGCAUAAAUAAUGUGAAUUGGUUUUCAUGUUUUUAUGUUGUAUUUGCUGCAAUGAUAUUAAUACAUAAACAGUUUUAUAACAUGGAAAUUGUUAGGAUCUAGUGAAAACUUAUUACAAAUGGAAACUGAACUGAAGACAAAGGUGUACUGUUCGCGGAGUUAAUGGAGACCAAGCAAAAUACCAUGUAGACAUGGUUGAUUAUUUUGAGUCUUAUAUAAAUUCUGGUGGCAAAUGAAAUCUAUUCUUGAAUUGUUGCCAUUUAACAACCAGCUAAUUACAUAAGAAAAAUCACCAGAAACCGCCAGUAAGACACAAACAACUGAAAGGUGAUGUUUGUGCUUUGUAGAAAUUGACAUUAAUAUAUCAGCAUCAUAAAACCUCUGAGGGAAAAAAACUCAGUCAGAUGGUGUUGGAUAAUUUAGAGCCAGAUUUUUACUUUAACUAAUCUUGAUUAAGACUUUAAAACAUUUUUCUAAUGAUUUUUUCUCAUUUCAUUUCCUAUUUUGUACGUUGUGUAUUGCACAUGUUCUGUAUAUACUUAAAGAAAAAAGAAAAAAUCUCUGAUUUGG